AUGUACAGAACUACAAGGUCCCCAAUGAUGCAGCCACUGGUCAACUCAGGAAUGGGAAUGGCCCCUUUCUUCAAGGUGACUGUGUUUGAGCAGGAACAUUUCCAGGGAAAGUGCCUGGAGUUCACCUCUGAGUGCUGCAACAUCCAGGAGUGUGGAUUGGACAACAUACGUUCCAUCAGGGUGGAGAGCGGAGCCUGGGUGGGUUUCGAGCACCAUGACUUCCAGGGCCAGCAGUUCAUCCUGGAGAGAGGAGAGUAUCCCCACUGGGAUGCUUACAGCGGCUCCAUCUCCUACCAUGUGGAGCGUCUUAUGUCUCUGCGCCCCAUCUACUGCGCCUCUCACCAGAGCAGCCGCAUGAUCAUCUUCGAGAGGGAGAACUUCAUGGGUCGUAAUGUGGAGCUCUGUGACGACUACCCCUCCCUGCAGGCUAUGGGCUGGAUGAUGCCUGAAGUUGGUUCCAUGCAUGUGCAGUGUGGCGCCUUUGUGUGCUACCAGUUCCCUGGCUACAGGGGCCAGCAGUACAUCAUGGAGUGUGAGAGACACAGUGGAGACUACCAGCACUGGAGGAACUGGGGCUCUCACUGUCAGACCCCCCAGAUCCAGUCCAUCAGGCGUAUCCAGCAUUGAGAGGAGGACAGGCUGAGACUGAGGCCAUGGCCCAUGGACAGCAGCUCCCCUCAAUCCCUGCUCUCUCUACCCAUAACCCCUUCCUCUCUUUCUUUCAUCCUCUCUUCAAUCCUCUCCUUCCUUUUGACUUGAGCCACAACAGCUGCCCCAACCUGACAAUACUGAUUUACAGCUGCUGCCAGAGUGUGAUAAGAGACAAUAUCGCACUGUUAAAGCACAGGGAAACACACGUUCCACACACACGCUGACAUAACUGACACUUAGUGUCUUUUUAUUUGGUUGAUAGGUCCCUACACACUCACAUACACAAACACACACCUGCGCUGCACUCACCUGUGCUCGACCGUGAGCAGAGGAAAUGAAACAGAAGGGAGAUGAGUCUCCAACAUGGCUCCACGUCCAGGGAAUCCUCCCCAGCUGCACUCUCUCUCCUCAGAGCAGCAGACUAUUGUGGUGCAGCUCAGAUGUGAUGUGUUGUGUGUAGGAGGUUGAUCCACAAGUUGAUAACUAAUAAACUCAUUUUACUUCA